ACCAAGAUGAACAUAACCAACGAACAUAAACAACAAUUAGACACUUUAGUCGAGUCAUGGAUUUCAAUUGAUAUAAACCCACAAUCAAAACAAGAAAUUCUUGAAUUACAAUCGCAGCAAAAUUAUGACGUAUUAUCCAAAAAGCUUUCUCAUCGAAUUGCUUUUGGCACAGCUGGAUUAAGAUCUUCCAUGGAGUCAGGGUUUGCUCAUAUGAAUGACGUUACCGUUUUACAAGCAUCACAGGGAUUGAUUGAGUACUUAAUUAGUGUAUACAAAGAAGAAACUUCCAUUGUGGUUGGAUACGAUCACCGUUACAAUUCGCAGAGAUUCGCUGAAAUUUUAACUAGUGUGGCGGUUUCAAAAGGAGUCAAAGUGUAUUAUUUAGGUUCAGUUGAAAACUUGUCUAAACAAACUCUUGAAUUGAGUGAAACAUCGUACGAUAACAAUGAUUUGGCAAGUGUGGGAUACGUUCACACUCCAUUGGUCCCAUUUGCAAUUGAUUUUCUCAAAGCAAAAGGUGGAGUCAUGAUUACUGCUUCGCACAAUCCCGCCAGAGAUAAUGGAUACAAAGUAUACUUCCUGAAUGGAUGUCAAAUUAUUCCUCCACAAGAUCAGCAUAUUGCUGAGUCAAUUGAAAGAAAUUUGCAGCCUUGGGAAGGGGUAUGGGAUGUAGCUGGCAAAAUUCUCUCUGGAAAGAAGCAAAAUCUUAUAGAACCAGUUAGAGAGUUAAUUACGAAAGAGUACUUGGAAGGAAUUAAACUGAAGUUGAUCACUAAUGACAAGCUCCUGUUUAACUUUGUAUAUACCCCAAUGCAUGGGGUUGGAUUAGACAUAUUCCAACAAUGUAUUGACUUGUUCGCACAUAGGGGAAAGUAUGAAGUUGUGAAACAACAAGCAAAACCAGAUCCUGAAUUUCCCACUGUCAAAUUCCCCAAUCCUGAAGAAAAAGGUGCAUUAGAUUUAUCCAUCUCGCAUGCUAAGAAUUUAGGUUAUAAGUUGGUUGUAGCUAAUGAUCCCGAUGCAGAUAGAUUCACUGUGGCAAUUGAAACCAAAACUGGCGUUUGGAAACAAUUAACUGGAAAUGAAAUCGGGUUUUUGUUUGCCGUCUACUUCAUUGAGGAAGUUGUACCUAAGGAAUCUCUUAAGGAUGUCUAUUUAGUAAACUCCACCGUUUCUUCGCAAAUUCUUGAUGCCAUGGCUGAAAACCAAGGGUUCCAUUUUGCAGAAACAUUAACUGGAUUCAAAUGGAUUGGAAAUAAAGCUAUAGACCUUGAAAAGUCUGGAUAUAAAGUUCCAUUUGGGUAUGAAGAAGCCAUUGGAUUCAUGUUUAAUUUAGUGCACGAUAAGGACGGUGUUUCUGCGGCAGUUAUCUGGUUGCAAUUAUACGAAAAGUGGUUUGCUGAUGGCAAACUUGAUCCAGUAGAAAAGUUGGAACAGGGAUAUUCUAAAUAUGGUUGGUUUAAGGAGUAUAACGGAUAUUAUAGAUUCCAAGAUGGUGCAUUACUCAACCAAAUUUUUGAACUAAUUAGAAAGUCAUAUACUGGACACUAUCCUGAAACAAUAGGUUCAUUCAAAGUAGUUUCAUGGAGGGAUUUAACAAUUGGGUAUGAUUCCACUUCGAAGGAUAACAUUCCGUUAUUGCCGAUUGACCCUACUUCACAAAUGAUUACUGCAGUUUUGAAACGAGGCUCUGGUGAUGAAUCAGUGAGAUUUACAUGCCGUGGAUCUGGAACUGAACCAAAGUUAAAGCUUUAUAUUGAAGGGAAAUCUAAAACUAGUGAAACAAUUGCUCGAGAGAUUGCCAAGGAGUGUUGGGAAACUCUAAGAGAAGAAUGGUUUAAACCAGAAAAGUAUGAAUUGGAAGAGGUACAUCCUUAGUACGUCGUACUGCGAUUUUACUAUUUUUAGAUUUGAAAUAACGAUAGGAGUUAAAAAUCGGAGUUAGCUUGGCACUCUGAUUCGAAUGCUUUAACUUUCGUAAAUAUUUCUUAAAAGUAUCUUUAUAGUAAUGUACAGUGCAUUGCUUCUCUAGGCCCUGUCUUGUGUAAUCCGACUCGACCGCGGUGCAUAUGCUACGCCUCAAAAGGCCGCACCAAACAAAGUGCUGAAAAUGCAAACACUAACAAACGCACAAAACCAU